UCAAACCAAUUCGAGUGUGAGAGCUUCCUGUGUGUUCCAUCCGGAGUUUUGUGCAGUGAAGAUGUGUUCCACCCUCAGCUCUUUCCGAAAAACUGCCACGGAGGAUCCAAACCUGCAGUGUCUCAUUGAGUUUCUCCCUGGGGGAUGGAGAGCUGGUUGGAUUCCUCAUCAUCUCAUCUAUCCUGCCUCCUCAGCCAAAAAAACUGGAAAAGCCCAUUUUGGAGCAGAGAUGAGUGAGCGGAAUGUAACCUAUGUUGAAGCGACACCAUCUCAGGAGUCGAAGAUUAGACAUAUACAUGUGAGAAAAGAAGCUUCCAUAUUUAUUUCCUGGAGGCUCCUUGCUAGGAUUCUGGGUGUCCUGGGCCUGCUGCUCUUGGCAUCCGUGCUAGCAAUGGGGGUCCUCAUGGCAAAACGAUGCCACUCUGGCUCCUGCCCCGCAAAGUGGAUCUGGAACAGCGGGAACUGUUAUUACAUUUCUACAAAAAUAAAGACCUGGCCAGAGAGUCAAACUGCCUGCAGAAGUAUGAAUUCCAGUCUCCUGAAGCUAGAAAACCGAGAGGAGUUGCAAGAUUUUCUGAAACUUCUGAAGUUUUAUUACUGGAUUGGACUGUCUCAGAAUGGCUCUGAUGGACGCUGGCUGUGGGAGGAUGGAUCCGGUCUCUCCUAUGACCUGUUAUCUGUGCAAGACCAUUUCUCUAGGGGAAGCUGUGUACAUUAUGGAUUUUCUGAUCAAUUUUCAUCUCAAGACUGUUACCAUUCAACAGCAUAUAUUUGUAAACAAAGAGCAAUAUAGGUUUUAAAAAAUGCUCUAUCAACUAGAAAUUCUGUUAUUUAACAUUUUCACUUAAGAGAAUUUCUAGUGUGCCCCCAAAUACCACUGGUUGUCUCAUAGAAUGUAUAUUGUGCAGCAUAGUAUGCAGUUCAGGGAAUAAUUGUUUUAAAGACAUGAGAGAAAGAGAAGUAAGCAAAGAGGAACAAUCAAAUUAAUCUCUCAAACUACCCACAAUUUAGGGUUAUCUCUAGCUAGUGAGAGCAUCUUCUGAAUGACUGUCAAUUAUUCAUAAAUAAUUUAUGUAAAUUAUCAUGUCAAUAUCAUUAAAAUAAACAGAAAAAUGGAAACUUACUUUAUAAUUUGUACUUUGAAAAUAAAAUCGAGUGCAUUCAUAAAUUUAUAACUAAGAACAAAAAAGACUGAAAAUAUUUCCACAGAUGUGGGUCAGAUUAGCAACUUGAAGUCAUGUCAGUCAAGAGAAGCAGUGUAGUCUAAUCAGAAGAACACAGGCCUGAGCCAGAGUUCCUGG